UCAGAGUGCAGCCUGUGCAGCUCGUGCGUGUAGUGUGUGUGUGAAUCUGUAGUAGCACUAUAGCUAGCAUCAGUGCACGGCCAAGUAAACGAUAUCGUUAUUGCCGUUGUCAUCUGCAUGUACUUAUAACAUCUAUUAUACCUACCUCAGCAGCCGUUAAGUCGCGAUUCAACGAGCGCAUGCGAUGAACUGGUGCAUCAGGAACAGCUGUUGCUGCUCGCUACCUGAGCUCUUAUACCGCGUAUAGGUUAUAGAGUAUCGAUAUGGUAAUGUGUGUGUGUUUGCCCGAAAAAUGUUCACCAAUCGUUGUUCGGGCGGCGUUCGCGAGUGUUUUGAAUAUACCUACCUACAGUGUGUGUGUAGAUUAAGCGCCAAGGUAACCGUACUUUCCUACCCUAUCGAGUAAACAAACAAGGGUUAUAAUAUUGUACGGGCCAGCGAUUGCAUGCCGCAUGAAUAAUAAUAAUAUAACAGUGGGGGCGGUGUAGGAGGGAGUGCAUAGUACACCACAGGCAACAGUUGAGUUGGAUAAUCCGUCGCAGCAGUAUAUCUAAGGAGGUAAAGAAAAGAGCUGGUGGUUCGGGGGGUGCUGCUGCCGGUGGGUUCUAUCACGGACCCGAGGAGGAUAACCAGGUAGCAGCAGUAGCAGCAGCGCGAGGAUGGCAGAAGAGGGCCACUUUGAGACGACGAGCACCCCAGGCCAGAUCGCUCCCACGCCGGAGCGGCUCGAGCGGCUCAUGGCCAAGGAGCCGCUCGAAGAGCUCUACGAGGUCGAGGAGCAGCCUUUCGCACGAGGCAAGUACGCGACGGUAAGACGAUGCGUUGAUCGCUCGAGCGGCCACCAACGGGCAGCCAAAUUCUUGAAGAAGCGCCGCCGCGCCCAAGACUUGAGACCUGAGGCCUUGCACGAGGUAGCGGUGCUCGAUGCUGCCGCCCACUGUUCCAGACUCGUCUCUCUCUACCAAGUGUUUGAGACCAAUACCGAUAUGGUCCUCAUUCUAGAGCUGGCCUCUGGUGGUGAAUUACAAAUGGUGCUAGACCGAGACGAAAUACCGGAGGAACAACAGGUGGCCAAGCUCCUCAGGCAAAUUUUAGACGGAGUUGCAUUUCUACAUUCGCUCAACGUAGCGCACCUCGACAUUAAGCCACAAAAUCUUGUCCUUACCGGUGAAUUUCCCGACUGUGAUGUAAAACUCUGCGAUUUCGGCAUCUCGCGGUACAUUAGCCACGGAGCUGAGAUUCGCGAGAUCCUUGGGACACCUGAUUACAUCGCUCCGGAAGUGCUGAAUUACGAGCCGAUAAGCCUGGCGACCGACAUGUGGUCGGUCGGCGUUCUGCUUUACGUGCUGCUGACUGGCUGUUCACCCUUUGGCGGCGACACCAAGCAGGAGACCUUCUGCAACAUUAGUCGCUGCAAGCUUGACUUUCCCGAUGAUCUCUUCGAGGAGGUCUCCGAGGACGCGCAGGACCUCAUACGCCGGCUCAUAGUCAAGAAUCCAAGUGAACGACUAUCUGCGACGGAUUGCUUGCAACACUCGUGGUUCAGCAAAUUUGAGGAGCUACCAAGAACACCGUCCUUCCCAAUGGCUACGGAGACCUGCAGCGAGAACCAGAACCUCGUGGAAUCGACCAGCAGCUGUAGGCCCAGUAGUUUCGGCUCCGUGUCGCCUUCCGUCCCCGAGAAGCAGGAGAAAAGCGUGGCAGAAGCUCCGAUGGUUCCGCAUCAAGAGUCAGAGCUCGAGGCGAUCACUCUAGUCAAGCUGGACGGUAGCAGUACGACGCGUCUCGACGAGACGCCCAACGAGCCAGAUACGCAGGAGCCCGUUGUCCCGACCACGGCCGAACAUCUCGAGAAGGACGGGAAUACGACGUCGCCCUCCCCGUGCGUUUUCGACAGCGCGCCCGCUGAUCACGUUUACACCCAAAGAUCGGCCCCGAGGCAUAAUUUCAGUGGUUUGUCGUCGGAGCGCCGGAUGAACUUCAAACGAAGCAUGGACUACCUCGCGAGAAAGUUUUCCGCUAGUACUGAUCUCCUGGAGGUUUUUAGCGAUGACAUACUCGAGUUGCAGACGUCCUCUUCCCGGCGCACAUCAGAUGCGAGCGCGAGGACGUCAACAAUGUCGUCGGCUACAUCGGCAGCAAUGGGCGAAUUGUUCAAGUGCACUCCGGUAUUUAUUCUGGGUGAGGAGCACCAGAGCAGCGACAGUGGUUCCGAAAUCUCGACCGACAGUUCUUCGGACCGGAGCAGCAUCUACUCGGACGACUCUCUGGAUUUCAUUCUUUACGGAAAAACGAGCCAGCAGGGUCGCGUGAGUUUUCCUUUCAGCGCCAGCGAGUCGCAUAGUUGGAAGCAGCGCAACGGGCUAUUACUAGGUACAAGUGCCGCCACGUCUGCCAACAGUAGUACCAACAGCUUGCGCCAUGGGCCCCGGGUCUGGCCGGACGAGUGCAGCGGCAUCGUUGGCAAAGCCCUCAGCCGUUUUACCACCGUUGACCAACACCACUACCGCUAUGCCUAUAGAAACAGCAACAGCAGCAGUAGGUUGAAAAUGCCCCUCGCAAGCUCGAGUACGAGCAGCAGCGUUUCUCUAGCAGCUACGAGCUCGACGACCAAAAUGAGCACGAAUCGCAGUAUUACUGGACUUGAGGCGCUGCGCAAUCAAGGUGAAAAUUUGGUGGUUAUCCGAGAGCCGGUGCGAGCCGGCAAGUACAUGCGUUACAGCGAGGUGCAGUGCGAGUCUGUCCAGGCCCGUAUACGAAGGUUCCAAGUGCACGGCUCUUCGUAGAGAAAGCAUAGGGAAACUUUUCUAUUUUGUAAAUUAUACAUACAUGCGCACGCAGAUGAUGAUCAUGAUUAUAAGAAUAAUAUGUUUGCGUCGCAUUCACCGAUGCAGAUCUUUGUAAAUACAUAUGCGUCCGCAAUAACUGAAUCAUUGAAUCGAGUGAAAGGAAAAAGUUUAAGUAUCUGUUAAUGCUCAACGCAUUAAACAAAAUCAUUUUAAUAAUUUAUGAGCGAUUUGUUCGAUUUGUAAACUCGUCUGGCGCAAGCAUAAGCCUACGCACUUUCUUAACGAAAAGUUACACUUGUUAUUUUUUUUGCCGUUGUUGCCGUUUUGUUGUUGUUGUAGUUGUUGUUGUUGUUGUUGUUAUUAUUAUUGUUGUUGUUUCUGUAUUGUUGGUAAAAGGUAGCAUCGAGGGUUGUUUCGUUGACUCACUGCCGCACUUGGUUGUUGGUGGGUUUAAAAAGUAUUAUUUUUCUAUUUUAGGUGAUUUUUUUUUCAACUUUGGACGUUUAUUGCGCCUUUAAUAGGAAAAUGACGAAUUAUUAAUUUUUGUACCACCUGCAUUCAAUGUAAAAAUUAGUAAAUUUCUUAUUUUUCUCGUAACUGAAUAUUUACCUUCUCUCUAUAACAUGCUUGCGUCCUAGACGAGACUUGAACGUUAUCAUAGUUACAUAUAAUAUGUACAUAAAAGCGAGCGCCCAAAUUAAUGGGGGAUAAUUUAUCAUAAUGUGCAUCUGGAGCCUGAACUACCUACCUGAUCAGGCAUCGUUGCCUGGGAACAAGUGUUAUGACCAUAAAUUUAAGUAUUUUGUAUGCUUGCGUUUGCGUAUGCUUGUAGUACGGAACGAUAAAAGAGUAAGAAAGCGGCAAACGGACAAUCACGUGAAAUCUGAAAAGUUUGUCGAUUCCUCGAUAGAGACUUAAAGACUGAUUUACUUUCCCUCCUACGUAUAGUCAACAACUGAUUGCGGUUGCCUGCUUGUUAAACUAACAGGCUGUGCAUUAACAGACAAAUUAUUAUUACAGUGCCUUAUACAAAUCAUUUUAAAAAUCAAAAGCAAAAUUUUAUAUUUUUUACGUAAACCAUACACUUAUCGUAUUGUGCGCUUUCGACGAAAGAUUGUAGGCAUAAUAAUGUAAGGACGCCCGUUAUAUUUUGGUAUCGGGGUGCGUUUAUUUGACAAUUCAUUUCUGCGUCAACAAGGUAUGGCCCGUCCGUCCCUUCCAGAGGCUCGAGGACUAUCAUAACUGUAUAAAAAAUUUUUUUGUAUACGCAAUAUGCAUAAUAUUAAAUUAUUAUAAUUAUAAUUAUUAUUAUUAUACAUCGUGUGAGUAAAUCUGUCAAGUCCGUAACUCGUGACGAAUAGGGUAGUAGUUUGUGCCUUUUAAAUGCUUGGAAAGUGACGAUAACAGUUGCAUUCAAUAAGAUUAAAAACCCAGUGUUUGAUGUAACAGAGCAAUUGUUUGAGUGAUACAUAUAUUUUAUGUCCUUUUCACAGUUUCUGGGAAAGUGCCUUACAGUAGCUCUGGCGUGUACAUCAAUUGGCGUGUUUCUAUCUGUCAAAAAAAUAGAAAAAAAAGAAAACCAAUUUCCAUGAGCUGACGACUCAAAUAUAUACUUGCUGAUAUUUUAGUCGAGGCGUUUCUUUCGUAGUAAUAAUGUUUUGUCAGCAAAGAUGACAGGCUGCGACAGAUGAAAAAUAACGUUUUUAAACAUUUUUAUACGAGUAACUCGGUUAAAAAUUAUUUAAAAAGCAU